AGCGGACUGCCUGCGCCCCGGCGCCCGUCCCCACGCGGUCCCGGAUGGAGGCCCGGGGUGAGUAGGCUCUGGCCGCGGGGCGCGGAGCGGAGUAAGAAUCAUCCCCUGUUCAUUCCACAGACCCUUGCUGAGCACAUGCUGUGUGUCAGGCCCUCCGCCAGGCUCUGGGGUUACAGCAUGAAUAACCAGACUGCAAGUCUGAUCUCAUGGGGGAAGGCGGAGAAGAAGCAACGCCUGCUCUGCCCCUAACGGGGACCCUGGAAUGGCGGGGCCACUUGUGACACCCACACUCCAGGAGGCCAUUGUGUUUGAGGACGUGGCCGUGUACUUCACAAGGAUAGAAUGGAGUUGCCUGGCCCCCGACCAGCGGGCGCUGUACAGGGAUGUGAUGCUGGAGAACUACAGGCACAUGGCCUCGCUGGGCUUUCUUGUUGCUAAACCAGCACUGAUCUCCCUCUUGGAGCAAGGGGAGGAGCCAGGGGCUUUGAUUCUGCAGGGGACUGAGGAGCAAGGGUCCACAGCCAGCCUAUGCCCAGAUUCUAGGAUGCAGGCUGCGAUCAAGGAAUCUUGUCUGAGGAGAGUGUCCUCUAAGCAGUUAGGACCACUGGGCACAGUUUGGGGGCACCUCCCUGGGGGAAGACCCAAGUUUCCUGAACGGAAUGGCAGUCCUGAGGAUGGGUCAGAUAAACGACCCCUCAACCCCAAGACAGGCAGCCCAGGUGGGGACCUUAGCACGUCCCCCGCGGCCCUGGAGGAGAAACAGCGAGGCUGGAGCCCAGCGGAUGCUGUAGGGGAGAGGGCGUACCGGUGUGCCUGCGGCAAGGCCUUCAAGUACAACUCACUGCUGCUCAGGCACCAGGUCAUCCACACGGGGGCCAAGCCCUACCAGUGCACCGAGUGCGGCAAGGCCUUCAAGCAGAGCUCAAUCCUCCUGAGACACCAGCUGAUCCACACGGAGGAGAAGCCGUACCAGUGCAGCGAGUGCGGGAAGGCCUUCCGGCAGAGCACUCAGCUGACAGCGCACCACAGAGUCCACACCCGGGAGAAGCCCUACCAGUGCACCGAGUGCGGGAAGGCCUUCGGCCGCAGCUCCCGGCUCUGGCAGCACCAGAAGUUUCACACGGGGGAGAAGCCGUACCAGUGCGGCGAGUGCGGGAAGGCCUUCGGCCGCAGGUUCACCCUCAAUGAGCACUGCCGCAUCCACAGCGGGGAGAGGCCUCACACGUGUCUGCAGUGCGGGCAGCGCUUCAUCCGUGGGUCCUCACUGCUCAAGCACCACAGACUGCAUGCCCGGGAGAGCCCCCAAGAAGACAGCGGCUGUCAGAAGCCCCUGCUCAGCGCGGCACAGAAGACUGCCUCGGGGGACAGGCUCUACCAGUGCUCCGUGUGCCAGAAGCCCUUCAAACACAACUCCUUGCUCCUCCUGCACCAGAGGCUGCAUACGGGUGAGAAGCCGUUCGAGUGCAGGGAAUGUGGCAAAGCCUUCAGCCGGAAGUCCAACCUCACGCUGCACCAGAAGACCCACACCAAGGAGAAGCCCUUUGCCUGCACAGAAUGUGGCAAGGCUUUCCGCAGGAGCUACACACUGAACGAGCACUACCGGCUCCACAGCGGGGACAGGCCGUACAGGUGCCAGGCCUGCGGGAGGGCCUGCAGCCGGCUGUCCGCCCUCAUCCAGCACCAGAAAGUCCAUGGCCCAGAGUGUGCCCAGGACGGUGGGAAAGACAGACGGUUUCCCCACUGGGCUCCCCGUUGAGUUGAUAAAGAGAACCCGGGGUGUCUGUGUGGCUCUGUUGGUUGAGUGUCUGACUUGAUUGUGGCUCAAGUCAUGAUCUCAGUGUCGUGAGAUCGAGUCCUGCGUCAGGCUCUGCACUGGGCGUGGAAUCUGGAGGAGAUUCUCUCCUUCUCUAAACAACAACGAUAAAAAGGCAGAGAACCUAUCUGGGGGAGGCGCCAAGGCAGAAAGCUGUCAAUCCUCCCCGUUUGGCUGUGCAGCAGGGCAUUUCUCUUGGAUGGAGAAGGGACAGGGCUGGGGCUGUGGUCAAGCAGCCUGCAGGCUGAGGGAAGGACAGUGAGGAAGGCUGAGCCAGAGUGGGGACUCCCCGUGACUGUCAAGCCUGGAUGUCCGCCAACAGAGCAGCAUUU